ACCAUGUCUUGUAGCAGCAAAGAAGUAUAUUCAGGCUGCUACUGCAGAGUUGAAUUGUGCAAGGGAAAAUGUAAGUGCUUUAGGAAACCUGUGUCUUCUCUCUUUUAUUCCCAGUCCCUUUUUAAGAUUAAAAUUGAUAUGUCGGGGAUUUAGUUACAUUUCUUAUUUGAAAAAUAAUAAUCAGCCCUCUCCUUUUAAGUGUUCAAACCACAUGGACUAGAAUGGUACUGCAGAGUUCCCAAGUACAGGUAAUUUCAGAGUUCCCAAGCACAGGUUAUUUCAGAGUUCCCAAGCACAGGUUAUUUCAGAGUUCCCAAGUACAGGUUAUUUCAGAGUUCCUAAGCACAAGUCAUGUAAUUUAAAAUGAGUUUUUGUAUCCGGAAAUUUUGAUCAAAUUUCCGGUAACCGUAGUUUAAAAUAAGCUUUAGCCUUAGCACUUCUAAAAUUUUGUAAAAAGUUUUUAGAAAAAUUUCAACCAAAUCUGAAAAAUAAUUUGGUUUUGACGGUUAUUACGUGUCACCUGUCUUGAGUUCUAGUAGAUAUACAUUGAUGUAAAUUCAGUGACGCCAAAAAUACAUUAUAAAAAUAAAAAAUGCUCAGCUUAUUUGAACAAUUAGGUCACGAAAUGUCUUUUUUAAACUAAUUUUUAUGCAAGUUCAAACUGCUAAAAGAUUUAUCUAACAACAUUAAUUUUACAUUUAGCAACCGAUGAUGAGCAGACGCAGACUUUGUUGAUUGCCAGCAUGUCAUUAACCGCCUUAGCUCUCGUAAUACUGCUUAUUGUCAUUGCAGUCUGCAUACACAGGUAACUUGUCAUUAGUUCACUCCUGGCUCUCAUUGCGGCUAUUCAAUCCAUUAUGUGCAUUGUUGUCCACCAUAUUUUAGCUUAAAAUUAAAUUUUGCAAUUAUUAUUCCUUAAUUGAAUUUUCCUAAUAUUUAUUUAGAUUACUUUAAUUGCAUAGUAUACCAGACAGAAGUUAAAUGGCUUCAAUAAUGAUCCUUUUUAAAUUGUUGAAAUAACGUUACAUUUACACUUUUCAGUAAGAAUCAAUCUCUGAAGGAGAAAAAACGAAUACGAAUCUAUAGAGAAGAGAUGAUAGAACGAGCAGCUUUCACUAAUGAAGCUUUCGACUCAUUCCCUACUGGAACUAGUCUGACAGGAUCUGAAAUACCUCUCUAUCAUGUACCUAUAAGAAUGGCCACUCGUUGGCACAACCGCUAUUUUGUGUCGGAUAAUUCAUCUUCUGAUGUUGAAUCAACUGACUUUUGAGGGAGGUCACUUAUUUUUUCUUGCUAUUGCCAGUUUUUUUAAUCAUGUGGAGAUGCACGGAAUGACACGAACUACCAACAAGCCAGGUUUGGAGAAUUAAUUCGUUUUUCAGAACUUGAACUAGUAAAAUGCCACCAUUACAAUUUUUUUCAUAGUAGAAGUAAAGAAUAGGAAAAAAGUGGCAAAUGUUAUAACAUUUUUGAAGAUGGAUACAUGAAAACACUAGACAUAAACUGCAUGCCUUUAUGAUACAAGUGUAGACUCAAAGGACAUUGUGUCUUUUGAAAUAGGCAAAGUCCUGGAUCAGGAUGAGGGCAAACUAAACAAAAAUUACAUUAUAAAAAGUUUAUGUUGACAUGUGGAAACAUUCCUAGGGAUAGAAAUUUAGCAAUAGUGUGGAAUGUAGGAGAAGUUCAUCUGGGGAAAAAGUACCUAUUUUAAUACAUAAAGAUGCUUUGUGUUUUUUCAUUAGCAUUUUAGCUUUAAAUCUGAUUUCUAGUCCAUACAGACUUUACAAUUAAAGACAAUAAGUACCUGACCCAUAAUGUUGAAUACUCUUAUGUUGUAUGUCUUAAAUCAUUAAAUGUGAAAUGUGUACUUAAGAUUUCAGUAAAAUUAAUUUCUCUGGAUGGGGACCACUGAUGGAAGUAAAUUUGUUUUACGUGUUCAUUGUAAACAGACACCUGUUUUCAAAUUUAUAGGCUUGAGAUUGUCAGAAAAGCUAUGUCGUGCACCAUAUUUUAUCAUCCCUCCUUCAUUUCUUGUCCCAGACAUUUAAUAGCCAUGAACAGUUCAAUUAAGUUGUUAGAUGAACUGUGCCUACAGCUGUUACAAGCCAAUCAAGAACUCUGAUAGAAAUGCUGUUGUGUAUGUCACACUUGCUUUGUUUAUGUUUCAAACCUUCACUGUUGGUUUAUAACUCCCUAAAAGGUAUUCAACUAUUGAAAAGGAGCUGCGUUAACUCUGUAUUUUUGUUUGAUGAAAUAUAAGAGAAAAAAACAAGAAGAAAACGGGUUAUUGUAUUCUAUAGCACCACAGUAUGUGAACAAAAUUUAACUAAUUAAAAAGAAUUUAUCAAUAGUAAAGAAAACUUUGUAUUUUAAGGGGUGGUAGUUUGGGAAUCAAAAUAUAUAAAUAGCUGUCAAAAAAAAAAUUCAUAAAAAAUGAUUUGGAAAACUGAAAACUUCAUAGUGGAUCAGCCUCUUGCUUCAUAGUGGAUCAGCCUCUGACUUCAUAGUGGUUCUGACUUCAUAGUGGAUCAGCCUCUGACUUCAUGGUGGAUCUGCCACUGACUUCAUAGUGGAUGAGUGACUAGCAUUAUUGAUUUUUCUCUCCCCUGUAAACGUUUGUUUACACUGGAGAGGGUAGAGUAAUGCUUGUGAAGUUUGUUUGUGAAAAGAUAAUCACCUAGAACCAUUACAAUUAAAAUUAGCAUGUGAGUGCUGCUACCAGCCAAUAUAAAGAUAUUGUGAUUUUGACCAAUUGCAUCUACUUCACAUUCCAAAAUUUUAUUCAAACUUUUAGAAAAAACAUACAAAGAACGGUAACUUUGAUCGUAGCAUUUACCCACUGAUUUUUAGUUUUUUAUUCAUGUCAUUCCAUAUCUGAAGUAUUUAUGUAACUAAUGGUCCAAAAAUUCUUUGACUGUCUGCCCCAUGAUAUCCUAUGACAACCACAUUUCCAGCCUUGUAAAUAUGACAACCAUAUUUCCAGCCUUGUGAAAAAAGAAUUAUUGAUUCUUUUUCAAGUCAGUGGAUUCACAGGAUUAUGUAUCCAUGAUUUUUAUAAAAAGAGAAAAAAAAUGUCUUUUGGCAUUUUAUCUUCAAAGUAUAUUGUCAUUUGAGGAAAUUUGG